GACUCAAUCUAAAUCCCCACGGAUUCCGGUCUUUCCAAUCAUUCUUAUCCAAUUUUAGAAUCAACGGGAAAAAGCAAAAUGGUUUCAAUACGAAUUCAUCUUCAAAGAACACACCAGUAAACGGUUCUCAAUCAGAUAGUGGUGUAUUUACUUUGGGUGGAAAUAAUAACUCUUCUUCGGCUAUUGCUUCUGCUGUUAUUGCAUUGAAUGGGGGGGGUUAAUAGUAAAUCUUGUGAACGUGAUGUGGUUGAUUCCAACGACCCCACUGAAUGGAAGGAACAACAACAAGGGGAACAUCAACAACAACAACAUUCCUUUGACGACCCUUCAGCUUCCCAACACCAAUUAUCCCCUAACCAAAUAGAGCCUUCUUUUGACGAAUAUUCCAAUGAUCCUUUCCUUCUACAAGAAUUUACAAAUGCAAAUUCUUUAGGAGGAAUAGUUUGUGUAGAAAAUAGUUUACAUCAAAACAGUUCUGCUGAGAGUACCCCUGGGGGUAUUAGACAAUUUGGACAACAAAGGCCUUUAAAUCCUUACUCGAAGUUUUUUAAUGAAUUUUCAUCUGCAUUUUUGGGAGGGAAUGCAAAAUCAUCAAUAAUGAGGAGAAGUAAUGGAUUAGAUACAAGUCUAGAUAGAAAACAAAUAAAUAAUGAAGGGUAUAAUCAACAACAACAACAGCUCCAACAAAACGAAUUGAAUAACCCUUCAAGUAGUAAUGAACAAUUAUUGCAGAGUAACAAUGGAAGUUGUUCUUCGAAUAAUUCGAGUAUAUCCCCAUAUGGAAAUAAUAAUGGAAGGGAUUUGACAACAAAAAUAAAUAAUUCUAAUAAUAAUGGAGGAGUAGGAGGAAGGGCAAGUGGGAGAGUAAUGAGAGAAAUUAUUGUUUAAAUUUUGUGUUAUUAAUUUUUUGUUAAGAGAGAAAUUGAAGAUCAUCUUAGGGUAAUUUAAAAAGGAUACAAGAGAUGGGAUACAGGAAAUCGGAGGGUUCA